AGCAGCAGCAGCGGCGGCGGCGGCGGCGGCGGCGGCGGAGGCGCCCGGUCCCGGCCGCGCGAAGCGGACAUGUGCAGGCUGGGCUAGGAGCCGCCGCCUCCCCCCCGCCCAGCGAUGUAUUCAGCGCCCUCCGCCUGCACUUGCCUGUGUUUACACUUCCUGCUGCUGUGCUUCCAGGUACAGGUGCUGGUGGCCGAGGAGAACGUGGACUUCCGCAUCCACGUGGAGAACCAGACGCGGGCUCGGGACGAUGUGAGCCGUAAGCAGCUGCGGCUGUACCAGCUCUACAGCCGGACCAGCGGGAAGCACAUCCAGGUCCUGGGCCGCAGGAUCAGCGCCCGCGGCGAGGACGGGGACAAGUAUGCCCAGCUCCUAGUGGAGACAGAUACCUUCGGUAGUCAAGUCCGGAUCAAGGGCAAGGAGACGGAGUUCUACCUGUGUAUGAACCGGAAAGGCAAGCUCGUGGGGAAGCCUGAUGGCACCAGCAAAGAGUGUGUGUUCAUCGAGAAGGUCCUGGAGAAUAACUACACAGCCCUGAUGUCGGCCAAGUACUCUGGCUGGUAUGUGGGCUUCACCAAAAAGGGGCGGCCGCGGAAGGGCCCCAAGACCCGGGAGAACCAGCAAGAUGUGCACUUCAUGAAGCGCUACCCCAAGGGGCAGGCAGAGCUGCAGAAGCCCUUCAAGUACACCACGGUGACCAAGCGGUCCCGGCGGAUCCGCCCCACGCACCCCGGCUAGGCUGGCCCCGCCGUGGCCCCACCGGGCUGUCCCAGCCCACACUCACACUCACAGAGAACUGCAAUCAGAGGAAUAUUUUUACAUGAAAAAUAAGGAAGAAUUUCUAUUUUUGUACAUUGUGUUUAAAAGAAGACAAAAACUGAACCAAAAUUCCUGGGGGAGGGGGAGCGAUAAGGAUUUUACUGUCGACUUGAAACCCCCUACGACAAAAGACUCACACAAGGGACCGUUGUCAACGCACAGGUGCUUGUGUCUCUCUAGGAACAGACAACUCUAAACUCGUCCCCAGAGGAGGACUUGAAUGAGGAAAACGACACUCUGAGAAACCAAAGUCCUUUUUCCCAAAGGUUCUGAAAGC